UUCUCUCUCUCUCUCUAAAUUUUAUUUCCAAAUUAAAUACUAAAUAAAUAAAACAGUGAUAUAUCUGUAGCUAAGCUAGAGAGAACGACAGCAAAUUCCCAACUGAGGUCACCCAAACCCAAAUUUGUUGUCAUCUCCUUUAAAUUAAAUCUCAUCUCCUUCUUCAAUUCAUUCAUCUCUCCCAUCUCCCAUGGGUGCCGACAUGUCCAACAACAACAAUACCAAUAAUCCUCUUGCUUUCACCAAAGACUUCUUCUCUUCUCCGGCUCUUUCUCUUACCCUUGCGGGGAUAUUUCGACGGAGUGAUCAUGAGGUGGGGGAUGUGGAGAUGGAGGAAGUGGAUGACGGGAGCGUGGGUGGAGCCAGGAGAGAUAAUCAUGAUACCAUGACAGCGGAAGUUAGUAGUGAGAAUUCGGGACCGGUGGUGAGGUCUAGAUCGGAGGAGGAAGAGGAGGAGGAGGAGGAGGGAGGAGGGCAGGAUGAUCAGGAGAAUGAAUUAGUAGAUCAUGGGUGUCAGUUAAAGAGAAGGAAGAAAUAUCAUCGCCAUACCACCGAGCAGAUCAGAGAAAUGGAGGCGUUGUUUAAAGAGUCGCCACAUCCAGAUGAGAAACAAAGGCAGCAACUCAGCAAGAGAUUAGGACUUUCACCAAGGCAGGUCAAGUUUUGGUUUCAAAAUCGUCGAACCCAAAUCAAAGCUAUUCAAGAGAGGCAUGAAAACACAUUGUUAAAAGCUGAAAUGGAGAAACUUCGAGAAGAAAAUAAAGCCAUGAGAGAAAUUUCCAAGAAAAAAAUUGGUUGUCCCAAUUGUGGAACUGCCGACGCUACUCAAGACGACCUCGUUUUCACAACCACCGAGCAAUUACGUAUUAAGAAUGCCAAACUCAAAGCCGAGGUCGAGAAACUACGAGCAGCACUGGGAAAAUAUCCACAAGCGGCAGCGUCUCCAUCGACAUACUCGUCUGGGAACGAACAAGAGACGUCGAACAGAAUCUGCUUAGAUUUUUACACGGGAAUAUUUGGACUUGAAAAUUCAAGAAUCAUGGAGAAAGUUGAUGAAGCAGUUGAAGAGCUGAAAACAAUGGCUGCAGCCGGCGACCCACUUUGGGUCCGGAGCGUGGAGACGGGAAGAGAGAUUUUAAACUACGAUGAGUAUUUGAAAACCUUUCAGUUCAGCAAUAAUAAUUCAAACACUCGUAAUUGCCUCAAAACACACAUUGAGGCCUCGAGAGAAACGGCUCUUGUUUUCAUGGAGCCAUCUAGGUUGGUUCAAAGCUUCAUGGAUGAGAAUCAAUGGAAGGAAAUGUUUCCUUUUAUGAUAUCAAAGGCAGCUACAGUUGAUGUUAUUUGUAAUGGAGAAGCUGCCAAAUGGAAUAAUGGUGCAGUGCAAUUGAUGUUUGCAGAAGUGCAAAUGCUUACACCAUUAGUCCCCACAAGAGAAAUGUAUUUCAUUCGCCAUUGCAAGCAGCUCGACGCAGAACAGUGGGCAAUCGUUGAUGUUUCAAUCGAAAACGUUGAAGAUAACAAUAUCGAUGUAUCGUUAGUGAAAUAUAGAAAACGUCCCUCUGGUUGCAUCAUUAAGGACGAAUCUAAUGGUCAUUGCAAGGUAACAAUGGUGGAACAUUUGGAAUGUGUAAAAAACAAAGUUCACAACUUGUAUAGAAGCAUAGUGAACAAUGGCACAGCCUUCGGGGCAAGACAUUGGAUGGCGACUCUUCAACUCCAAUGUGAACGUUCUGCUUUCUUCAUGGCAACAAACAUCCCCAUGAAAGACUCAACUGGAGUGUCAACACUAGCUGGAAGAAAAAGCACGUUAAAGUUGGCACAGAGAAUGAGUUGUAGCUUCUCCCAAGCAGUUGCAGCUUCAAGUUAUCAAACAUGGACCAAAGUUGUGGGGAAAUCAGGGGAAGACAUUAGGGUUUGUUCCAGGAAGAAUCUUAGUGACCCUGGCGAACCGAUUGGAGUAAUUUUGUGUGCCGUUUCUUCUCUUUGGUUGCCUCUUUCUCCUCAUCUUCUCUUUGAUUUCUUUCGAGAUGAAUCUCGUCGAAGUCAAUGGGACGCUAUGUUUGGUGGAGAUAAAGCUAAGACCAUUGCAAAUUUGGCUAAAGGACAGGAUCGAGGCAACUCAGUUACUAUUCAAACAAUAGGAUCAAAAGAGAACAAUAACAACAACAUGUGGAUCCUACAAGACAGCUCCACAAACUCAUCGGAAUCCAUGGUGGUUUACUCCGGAGUAGACGUUACCAGCAUGCAGUCAGUUAUGUCAGGUUGUGAUUCCGGCAGCGUCACCAUUCUCCCUUCAGGUUUUUCAAUUCUCCCUGACGGCGCCGAUUCCCGACCACCCCUCCUCAUCACUCGUCGUAAAGACGACAAAACUUGCGACACACACGGUGGGGCUCUACUGACCGCCGCCGUCCAAAUCCUAACCGACACAUCUCCCGCUGCAAAACCCACAUUGGAAUCGGUUGAGUACGUUAAAAGCAUCAUUUGUUGUACGUUAAAAAAUAUUAGAACCAGCAUGUGUUGUGAGGAGGAUUAAUUUAAAUUAAACUUAGGUUAUAAUAUUAUUAAGCAAUAUAUAUAAUUGUUAGUAAAGGUUUUUGUUUUUUCCACGUUAGGUUUUAUGAAUUUGUUUGAGUGGAAAUUAAAAGGGUUGGUGGCUGUGUUGAAGUAAAGGCAUUAUGUCAGUUCCCAAUUUGCUGUAUGAAAUAUAUGACUUCUUUUUGUGUACAUAUACUCAUUUUUUGUGCUUUUCAUUGUAAUCCAUUUUAGUUCUUGUGCAA